AUGCACGAGGAGCUGAGAACUUUAUGGCAGUUCGACCACAUCAAGACGCCUGAUGGCUUUGGAACAAUUCCCACUCCAUACCACGCCUUCGUGUUCAAUGGCUUCUAUGCAUUCGAUCCAUCCCACCCGCUACUCGAGGGCAUUAUCUCGCUUGAGGACUUGAAUUGCGCCGUGUCCCAGCCGAACGCCUUGUACGGCACAAGAGACAAUUUCAAGUCGAUUCUCUCCGGCAGACCAGCCAGUGGCACCGGCACCGGUACCGAUACCGACAGGAAGCCGUCGAUACAGCCUAGCAACUCCACCCACACAUUUACAAUCCACCGCCUGAAGUUGAAGCCCUUGAAUAUGCCGCUUGGCUCGGCCACGGUUUAUCUCCAGGGGUCGAGGCGGAGCUCGAAGGUCAGGGAUGCGGACGAGGUCCUGAAUUGGAGCGUGGAUUUUCCUGCCGGUUUCCACGACGUCCUUGACGUGCGAGUGAGAGAGUUCAGCGGGAAAACGUGGGACAGGCUGGAGGUGUUAUAUGUUUGGGCGGACUUUCACUACAACGAGGUUAUAUUGGACUGGGAGUUUUGUCUUGAUGACAUGGAGGUCGAGAUUGACUGA